UUUUUAUCUGACACUUCCUUCAACCUUCAAUCACUGUCUUUUGUUCCUUUCUCUAACUACAAACAGUACUCUCUCUCUCUCUCUCUCUCUCUCUCUGUCCUGGCUCCUAGUAACAGAAGAUCCGGCCAAUCCACAUACCUUCCUAUUCAACACUUUAGCUCUCUCCCUCUCAUCCUUUCCAGCAAACUCAACCUUCUUCUCCAACUUUUUUGUUGGUUUUGUUUUCUGGUUUAAUCCUCUGCUACUUGCUAGCUUCCAUACCAAAAAUCACAUUAUGAGUGAGGGGAAGGGGUACUACGUCGACAAACGGAGCGGUCAAAUUCCGGCGUUUGGGAACUGGGAGUACGUGAAUGAUCUGCCGAUCACACAGUACUUCGAGAGCGCUAGGCAAGCCGGUUUGUUUCGGUACAGCAACUCUAGUUCCGGCGAAUGUGCUGCUGAUCUUAAUUAUUUCAAGGAAAAGCCUACUCCUCUAAAGCAAAAGACAAGGAGUACCCUUAGUAACAAAGGGUACCCCCAUGUUGAGGAUCAGAAGACGAAUCAAGUCAAGAAGAAGAUCAAGCAACUCGGUGACGUGACCGAACCGCCAAGGAAACAGCUGCACGAGUACCUCCCCAAGCACAACAACAACAACAUCGCCGUACGUAGGCAAUUACAAACUAGAAGAACCACCACCACACCCAAGGUGGUCAGAGCGGUUGAUGAAGACCUUUACAAAAUUCCGCCCGACCUCCUCCACACUUCCAAACAAAAGAGAGGGCUGGGGAUGUUCUCAAGAUGCUUAGUGCCAGAUUGUAUGGUCUAAAAGUUUUAGCUGCAGAGGCAGAGUUGCUAUUUUCUUGACAAAUGACAGAAGCAGAUGCAAUAUUGACAAGGCUUAUCUGAGUUGCAUCAAACCUCUUGUGAACAAGUUCUAUCCAAAUGCUUUUCCAUGUUCAAUUUUGAUAAUUGUCUCAACUUGUGAUCUCACGCGAUUGCAACUGCCGGUGAUAUUUGUUCUCUCUCUCUUUCUCUCUGUAACGUUUGGUUGUACCAGUGAACAUAAUUCCCAACACGUAGUGUUCAAAAAGUUUGUAGUAAUCUUUCGUAUGUAUAAUUAUUCUCUCAUGAAAUUCUAGGGCUUGUAGUUACAACUGUGGCUGAUAUCCUGCCACAAGAUAGAAACACUUCUACGUGAUUAAAAAUACUAGUUUUUAUGAGAGAUUUUACUACUGGA